AUGUGGACCCUGUGGGCCAUGCUGGUUUGCCUGGCUGGAGGGCACCUUGCCAGUGCCACCCUCUGCAGGACCUACGGCAUGGUGCCCGGCAUCCCGGGACUGCCAGGACAGCCGGGCAGCGACGGCAGCGACGGGGAGAACGGCCCAAAGGGUGAGCCAGGACCCUCUGGCCAGAGCGCAGCGCAGAGAGGGGAGAAGGGAUUCCCAGGACCCCCAGGACAGCCUGGGAAGGUCGGUCCCAUGGGCAUCCCGGGCAUGGUGGGUUUCCCAGGCAUGAUGGGAAUGCCGGGCCCCGCGGGAGAACCCGGUGAUUACCAGGUCACCCACAAAUCGGCGUUCUCGGCCGCCAGGAGCAUCAGCUCCUACCCCCGGCGGGAGCAGCCCGUGCGCUUCGACCGCAUCCUGGCCAGCGCGGGCGGGCACUACGAGAACCGCUACGGCCGCUUCACCUGCCGCCUGCCCGGCACCUACUACUUCACCUACCACGUCACCUCCCGCGGCAACCUGUGCCUCAACAUCAAGAAGGGCCGGGCAGCCAGCAGGGGGGAGAGGGUGGUGACCUUCUGCGACUUCGUGCAGAGCAGUUUCCAGGUCACCACGGGCGGCGUGGUCCUCAAGGUGGCCAUGAACGAGUCUGUGUGGCUGGAGCCGACGGAGAAGAACUCCUUGGUGGGGCUGGAAGGGUCUGACAGCAUCUUCUCUGGCUUUCUCAUCUCCCCCGAGGCUUAGCCCGCCUGGAGUUGUCCCUGCAGAGCUGAGGGCUCCCCUGGAAACUCUUUGCUCCCAAACUGGUGCUUGAAGCACACUGCUGCUGUUCUUGUACAAUAAAUGACAGCUCUUCGCACUAUUA